GAAUAAGCAAAAGCAAACCCUGAGAAGAUGUCUUCAUCGUACAACAAUACAAUUUCAUCAUCCUCCACUCAGUCUUUCCCCCUCUUAGCCAUCGGGGCAAACAACUUUAACCGUGAAGAGACGGCGAUGACAAUGAAUCAACGGCCCAACUCCGUUUCUCCACCACCCCGGAGACUAAGAAACAAACCAGGAAACCCAAGUCCAGAUGCUGAAGUGAUAGCCUUGACUCCCGAAGAGAUAAUGGCGACGAACAGGUUCCAAUGUGAAGUAUGCAAAAAACGAUUUCAAAGAGAACAGAAUCUCCAGCUUCACAAGAGAGGACACAACCUUCCAUUUAACCUGAAACAAAAGUCUGACGAAGAAGUAAGGAGGAAGGUGUAUGUUUGUCCGGAGCCCACGUGCGUCUACCAUGAUCCGUCACGUGCUCUCGGAGACCUCACAGGAAUCAAGAAGCAUUAUUACCGGAAGCACGGUGAGAAGAAGUUUAAAUGCGAGAAAUGCGAUAAGUGUUACGCUGUUGAAUCUGAUUGCAAAGCCCACUCUAAGAUUUGUGGUACCAAAGAGUAUCGAUGUGUUUGUGAUACCAAAUUCUCUAGAAGAGACAGUUACGACACGCAUAGGGCUUUCUGUGAUGCGUUAGCACAAGAGUCAGCAGGAAACCCUAACAUGAGCUUCACGGAAAUGCUAGCAGCCGCUGGUGGAAGUAAUGGCAGUACCGGACAUGGCUUUUACGGCGGCGGUGCUUCUUCUGCCGUCUCUCACAACCAUAUUGGUAACAACUCAAACACUGGUUUUGCCCCUCUAGCUCCAGGUCAUAAUCUGAACCGUUCAUCGUCCCAAAAGUUUGAAGACUUUUCUCCUCAGUCCACAUACCCUAACCAUGGUCGCACUAGUUUCCCCGUGCAAUACCCUUCGAACCAAGGACUGUUGGCACGGAACGACCAGAAUCUCAUGAACCAGCACGGUCUGAUCAACAGCAACAACAACAAUGACAACUUGUUCAAUCCCGGAUACUUUCAAGCCAACACUCAGAACCUCUCUGAUCAGACAGGUGCUCCUCCUCUUUUCAACCAUGCUGACAACAACGUUCCUCCUGCUCUGCUUAGAGGGUCAAGUGUGGCCGCUAAUAACUUUGGAGGCAAUGGUAAUGUAAACUUUCAAGGUCAAAUGAACUCGCUAGCUGCGACAAGUGGUCAUCAAGGCCGGCCCGGUAGCAGCAUUUUCGACCAUCGUUUCGGAAACAAUCUAAGCAUGGGAGGCUCUGAUAGGCGGACUUUGGACUUUCUUGGCGUUAAUGGUCGUGGUGGCCGUAAUGAACCUCCUUUGGACCUUGACAUGAAGUUUUCAGAUCCAAAUAAUCCAUUCGGAAAUGUUUGAGAGGA